AUGGAUAUUUCGAGAAGUGUUUUAUGUUUUCUCUUUGUUUUCUGUUCUCUUUUUUAUACAUUAACAUGUGCAGAUGUAUGUGUAAAGAAAAGUUCAUGCAUUUGUGAGUUUCCCAAUGGAACCGGUAUCGACUUGACACCCACUGUAAAAUCAACAUUUUAUUCAGCACAAAUUUAUGAAAUUAAGAGUGGUGGGAAUCAGUAUGUUCUCAGCACAUACUUUUAUCAUCCAUGUUUUGAUGCGCUGCCAAAUGUAAACCAAACUGUGUCAAAUAACACUUGUACCAAAUCUUUGUCUAUAUGUCGACAUGUUAACAACUUUGACUUGGUAAAUGCAACGGGACUUUUUAAAAAAGAUAGUGGUAUCUAUGAAUACAUGGGAAGUUCAAAUUUUACUGAAUUCAGUAGUGAUGGACAAUCAAUUACAUACCAUAAUGAUCCUUCGUUAACUAUUGUCUUACUUGUAUGUGCACAGACAGAUGAUCAACUUCAUGUAUAUUCAACAAACGAACCGAACAAAAUAGUGCUGUCAUUUUACUCAAGAUCAGCUUGCUUGCGGCAAAUUGAAGAGCCAGGCCGAUCGUUUGGUUCUACAUUAUUGAUAAUAUUCUUCUCUGUUGUGAUAUUCUAUCUCGUCCUCGGAAUUUGUACUAAGAAAUUCUUGAUGGGUGCAACGGGAGUUGAAGUGAUACCAAAUUUAGGAUUCUGGACAGAUUUACCCAAUCUUGUAAAAGAUGGUUGGGCGUUUAUGAUAAAUGGCUUCAAGUUACCUACCAGAGGCACUGGACCGGUGACAUCCCCCGACCCGAACAGUUACGACAGUAUAUAA